AUGUCGAUCGGGGACCCGGCGGCGGCUCCGCGGGAAAGAGCGAGGCUGGCGCAGCGCCGAGGCCGCGGCCCUGGGGGCCCGCAAUCCGCGCCACGGAAUCCCCGAGUGAGCCGGGGUGAACGCAGCCACUGCCCAUCGCAAACCGUGAAGAAGCUCCUGGAAGAACAGAGGCGCCGUCAGCAGCAGCCUGAUGCUGGUGGGGUACCGGGACAGUUUCCACCUCCCCUGGCCCAGUCCCUGGCUCCAUCUGUGACUGAGAGUGAGGCAGGCCACUCUCGCUUCCCAGUACACCAGGAGACUGUGGGUUCUGGACUUGGCGGCCUGGCCCCCACCACGGGCUUUCCAGACUGGGACCCCAACACGCAUGCUGCCUACACAGACAGCCCCUACACUUACCCUGCUUCUGCUGCUGAAGGUUUCCCGACUACCGACUUCUACCCACCCUCCGACCCGGGGCGGCAGUGUCCAUUUUCUGUGGGGAUGGAGGACCCCCUGGAUGCCCGGCUUUAUGUAGAACCUCCCCUGCCACAGGCAGGAUCCUGGAGAGGUUCUGGACUCCCUGCAGGACCCCCACAGAUGCCUCCUGUGACCACCGGACCAUCUCUGGACACAGCCCGUGCUCACAUGCUGGCUUUGGGGCCACAACGGCUGCUGGCCCAGGAUGAGGAGGGAGACACGCUCCUGCACCUGUUUGCGGCUCGGGGCUUGCGCUGGGCAGCCUAUGCUGCAGCUGAGAUGCUCCAAGUGUACAGACAUCUGGACAUUCGUGAGCACAAGGGCAAGACCCCUCUCCUGGUGGCUGCCGCCGCCAACCAGCCCCUGAUUGUGGAGGAUCUACUGAACCUGGGAGCAGAGCCCAAUGCCACUGAUCAUCAGGGACGUUCUGUCUUGCAUGUGGCCGCUACCUAUGGGCUCCCAGGAGUCCUCUCGGCUGUGAUUAACUCGGGGGUUCAGGUUGACCUAGAAGCCAGAGACUUUGAGGGCCUCACCCCUCUCCACACGGCCAUCCUGGCGCUCAAUGUUGCUAUGCACCCACCUGACCUAUGUUCCCGGGUGCUGAGUACCCAGGCCCGAGACAGACUGGCUUGUGUCCAGAUGUUGCUGCACAUGGGUGCUGAUCACACCAGCCAGGAGAUCAAGAGCAACAAGACAGUUCUGCAUCUGGCCGUGCAGGCUGCCAAUCCCACCCUGGUUCAGCUGCUGCUGGAGCUGCCACGGGGAGACUUGCGGGCCUUUGUCAACAUGAAGGCCCAUGGGAACACAGCCCUCCACAUGGCGGCUGCCCUGCCCCCUGGGCCACCCCAGGAGGCCAUCGUGCGGCGCCUGCUGGCAGCUGGGGCAGAUCCAACACUGCGAAACCUGGAGAAUGAGCAGCCUGUCCACCUGCUGCGGCCUGGGCCGGGCCCCGAGGGGCUCCGGCAGCUGUUGAAAAGGAGCCGUGUGGCACCCCCAGGCCUGUCCUCUUAGGACUCAAACCCAGAACCUGGACUGAUUUUCCAGUCCCCACCGUCCUGUGGGACAGCCAGCGUAUGCUAAUGUUGCAAAUCCAUGAUAAUGUAUGUGGAAUGUCCUGCCAUUGGGGUCUUACAUUAAAACCCCAAAAUGGCUGCUGGAGGGUAAAGAAUCCCCAAUAUUUGGGGGUGGUGUAAUACCCCUCUCCCACCUACAAGGAGCCCUCUUGAUGAUUUCUGUGAAAUCGAGGCCCCUUGAUUGUUUCUGUGAAACACCCUGGACCCCAAACCCUUUCCCCAUUGGGAUCUUUUGGGGCCCCCUCCCCUAUUCAGCCCUUUGCAUCUAGAACCCCAGAUGUGAUUUCCCUACACAGUACUUGGAGUACCCCCCCAAUAGCUCCCAGUGCCAUCCAGUAGAGCUCCUAAGAUGACCCCUCAAGCCUUCUCAGGAUCCACACUGUUCAGGUCCUUACCUCUGAGAGAGGAAGGACUCUCCUAGAUUUGAACCCCCUGUCACAUGCUUUCUAAUUUAGAAUUCAACUGGCCUCCUGCCCAGAUCUCCCCAUUUCCAUUGAAUUCCUCCCCCAUGUGGAACUACUUAUUAAACUCGGUUUGGACUCCGUU